AUGCUGAGGCAAGAUGCGAAGAAAGGAUCCCCAACAGUAAGAAGGGGAUACCUACAUAUACAUGCGAUGUUUGUGUACCACAGAGAGUAUGCCCCAAAGUUCAGUCAGAGUGGCUAUCACCAAUCAUGUUGUAGACAUUUAGUGACGCAUUGGGUUUGAUGUAAGUUCAAAAGCGUUAUUCACACUGAGUUAAACACAGCUUACAUUCAUAGGGAUCACGACCGUUACUUACACGAGGAGCGUGUAUAUGAAUACAACUUGAAUCAUCCGCUUUUUCUUCAUCUUCAGCGCCAGUAAGUUAUGUCUACCAGUUCUUAAAACCAACUACUGUUCCAGUGAAACGCAAAACGCAAAGUCGAAUGUAUCCGGAGAAGGCCUAAUCGAGAAAGAAAACAUUGUGAAUAGAGAUGUACCGUCUCAAAAUGAUGGUGUCAGCCUCAAGACGUCUCCCACACAUGAACGCUGUUAUCAUAUGGCGGACUCCCUCAGUAAUUCAGCUUUGCCAAUUCAAAGGCUUGCAGAUGAAAAUUUUCCCACGUCGAAGUUUCUAUUUAGCGAUAGUGCUUUUCUCAAUGAGACACUUGGCAUUUCGAGCUUACCUUUCGUUUCAUAUGAUAAUUUUAAAUGCAAAUCUCCGAAAAGUCCCACCUCUUCAGUAUCUGGACCCUCGGUUACUUGCGAUCCUUCCACUGAUUUCGACACAGAAUCGACAUACGAUGACGAGGCUUCGGACUUGGAGGACGAGGAAUUUCUAGAGUGCCCCAGUACACUGAAUGCUCUUGCUUUGAUAAAGGAAAAGGUUCGAGCUGAAACCAAAGUCAGCCAGAUGUCAAUCUUUGGCCCUACUUUAUCCCCCAUGAAGCGGGCCUUAGUUGACAGCGUCAUAAAGGAUUUUUGGGCAAUAUUUUCGCAGAAGCUAUCUUCCAAUAUACGACAAUGUACUGACAGUUCUUCUGCUUGUUCGUCUCAGAAAGGUUUUCAGGAUCCCAGGAACCCUAAAUCUGCAAGUACUCUCAAGAUCAUCCAAAGAAAACGCCAGAGAGAUCAUUCCGAUAGUCAUGAUGACGAAGACGAAGACGAUCGAGCCCCGAAGUGA